UUCCCCUUUUUGUCCAUACAAUUUUCUUCAUUACACAACUGUAAAACCAUGUUUCUUUUCAUACUUGUCUCGUUACUUUUUGGCGUCUUAAUCUAUUUCUUGUUUAAUAUACGUUCAUUUUUCAACCGGAAAUCCCUCCGUCUUCCGCCUGGCCCAAAGCCACGGCCGAUCAUUGGCAACCUCCCCCAUAUGGGCCCCAUGCCCCACCACUCGUUGGCGGCGCUGGCCCGGACUUAUGGUCCAAUCAUGCACCUCCGCUUAGGGUUUGUUGAUGUCAUCGUGGCGGCUUCGGCGUCGGUGGCAGCGCAGUUCUUGAAGGUUCAUGAUGCUAAUUUCUCCAGCCGGCCGCCGAACUCUGGGGCCAAAUAUAUUGCGUAUAAUUAUCAGGACCUUGUUUUCCGACCUUACGGUGCAAAGUGGCGGCUGUUGAGGAAGAUCACCUCCGUCCAUCUUUUCUCCGGCAAGGCCUUGGAUGACUACCGACUUGUUCGACAGGGGGAGGUGGCGGUGCUGACACGAGCGCUGGCGAGCGCGGGGUUAAAGUCGGAGCUAGUGAAUUUGGCGCAACUUCUGAAUGUGUGCACCGUGAACGCGCUAUCGCGGGUGAUGCUCGGCCGGAGAGUGUUUGGAGAUGGAACCGGCGGCAAAGAUCCGAAGGCCGAUGAGUUCAAAUCGAUGGUGGUGGAGGUGAUGGUUUUGGCUGGAGUUUUCAACAUCGGUGACUUUAUCCCGUCCCUCGAAUGGCUCGACUUACAGGGCGUGGCGGCGAAGAUGAAGAAGCUUCAUAAAAGAUUCGACAAGUUUUUGGGCGAAAUUGUGGAGGAGCAUAAAAUGAACAUUCAUGAUGCCAAGGGAAAACAGACGGACUUGUUAAGUACGUUGAUUUCGUUGAUGGAAAAUCCUGACGAUGGAGAAGAGAAGCUCACUGAAACUGAAAUUAAAGCGCUACUUUUGAACAUGUUUACAGCUGGUACUGACACGUCAUCAAGCACUACGGAGUGGGCCAUAGCUGAGCUCAUUCGCCACCCAGAAAUCUUGACCCGAGUGAAAAAUGAGCUCGACUCGGUUGUGGGUCGAGACCGAUUGGUUACUGAAUUGGACUUGCCGAAGCUCACGUAUUUUCAAGCGGUCAUUAAGGAAACAUUCCGUCUCCACCCGUCGACUCCAUUGUCUCUGCCCCGAGUGGCAGCCAAGAGCUGUGAGAUCAACGGUUACCAUAUCCCAGAGGGCUCGACGUUGUUGGUCAAUGUGUGGGCCAUUGCACGCGACCCGGAUGAAUGGGCUGAGCCGCUAGUAUUCAGGCCCGAAAGGUUCUUACCCGGCGGAGAAAAGGCUAAUGUCGAUGUUAGGGGGAAUGAUUACGAGAUAAUUCCAUUUGGUGCUGGACGGAGAAUAUGUGCUGGCAUGAGCUUGGGCUUGCGCAUGGUUCAACUGCUGACGGCAACAUUGAUCCACGCCUUUGAUUGGGAUCUUCCGAGCGGGUUGACGCCGGAGAAAUUGAAUAUGGAGGAGGCAUAUGGGCUCACUUUGCAGCGGGCGGACCCCUUGAUCGUCCACCCCAGGCCCAGGCUAACACCGAAGGCUUAUGAAGUUUGAACAUAAGGAGAUCAGGAGAAAGAUAUUAUGUUUAUAUAUUAUAUCCUAAACUCCCUGAUGUUUAAUACCGAUUUUCCGUACAAGUGAAUGGUGCUCAUCAGCUUUUGAUUGUAUUUUAGAGCAAGAGGAAUGGUAUGUAUUUGAUUGGAUGU